AUGGAAUUAUAUGCAUAUCAGAUUGCUAUAUUUGUUGCGUUAUAUUUGUUUGUUUCUGAAACGACUUCAUUGUGUUGUCAUUUACCUUAUAUGCAGUCAUUACCAUGUGGCAUUGAAUCUAAAUCUGUAGCAGAAAUAAAAUUGCUAGCACCUACUGACGAAGGAAGAGAAGUUGGAAUGCCGUCGUCAGUGGACAUAAUCACGGACUUGGUUUCUGGAUUAUGUUCCUAUUCUAUGUGUGCACCCGGUUAUAUAAUAAAGAAAGGGGUAUAUUGCGCGACUGGCUCUUGUAAUGUAUUUGGUUGUAACUGUGACGGAAAAUGUAUCAAUAAGGAUUAUGUCGACGGUAAUCUGCAACGGUUGCGGCGGGAGAGUGAUAAUAUAAAUUUGACUUAUGAACAUUUAUCAAGAGCUCGGAGAUCAACUAAAGUUGAUAAGACACGAAAUACAAUUAAUACUAUUUAUACUGAUGGAAAAUUAGAGUCGCAUACGCCUACGACACAUUCCCAGGCUAGCCAGGUUCAUCAAUAA